AUGAACAGAGGCAGAGCUUCUGCCAAAACCUCCAAGCCUAAUACCCAGAAAUCUGAUAGGAAGAGCAAGGCUUUCAAGGACAUUGCCAAAUACUUCUCUAAGGAAGAAUGGGAAGAGAUGGGAUACUCUGAGAAAGUGACCCAUGUAUAUAUGAAGAGAAACUUUGAUGCCAUGAAUAAUCUAGGUCUCAAUACUUCCACCCCAUCUUUCAUGCAUCCUAAUAUACAGACUGCCAAGAUGGAUGACUCUGAUGACAUAGAGAACCAGGAAGAACCGCCUCAGAUGGCUUCCAGUGCGCUACAAAGCAAACGCCGGAAGAUGACGUCCAAGAAGACGUCACAGAAUGAAAAUGAUCCGAAAGCAAUGUCAGGAACGGCAGGCUUGAUGAAACCGUCUGGCGCAGAACAGGCUAAGAAACAGCCAACACCCUUAGGUCAGCAUAAUCAACAGAAACCAGAACCCAUGAAAGAUGAGACUAAAAUCUGGUCUCACAGGCUGCGUGAAAGAAAGUAUCAUGUGGUGUAUGAAGAAAUCAGCGAACCCAAUGAAGACAACUAA